UCUGCAUGAGUGUGUUUGUCUUUAUGCUUGUGUUUGUAUGUGUGUAUGACUGUGUUUGUCUGUUAUGACUGUGUGGGUUUGUGUGUGUGUAUAUGAGUUUGUGUAUAUGAGUUUGUGUGUGCGUGACUUGUAUAUAUGAGUGUGCAUUUGUGUGUGUGUGUGUGUGAAAGCUGCACGUGCAUCUGCUCCUGUGCCGUCUAAUGAGAUUCCCCUUGUUAAACUCUUUACUGUAGUAAUCUCUCUCUCACACACACACAGUAGAUCUGCGCGGAACGACAGCAGGAGCAAACAGCAGAGUCCUGAAGGACAGGAAUAUUCAGAGAAGAAGAAAAAAAAAGGAGAGAUCAUCCUGAAAGCAGCAAACGAGUGUUUUAUUGGCCUGCGGAGCAACGCAUCACUGAUGCAGACCCUGAGUGCAUCUCUGUGUGCAGAUGCGAGUGUGUGAGACCUGUUAAACCUCCUCAUCCAUAAAUCAUGAUCUGUCCGGACUCUCUCUCACACACACACUCACUCACGCUCACACACACACACUGCUGAUCCAGAUCUGAGUGUAAGGCCGUUCUCUGAGUCCUCAUGGAGUCUGUGGUGAAGAAAUCUCUGCUGGCGCCCAUGAAGACGCUCCAGUGCUGCGUGAGCCGCGACAAGCAGCAGACCAGCAGGUCACAAGGUCAGAGGUCAAAGGUUACCCGCGUGCAGGACCCACGUGUGCUGCGCUCCUAUGAGGCUGAGCUGCAGAGAGAGAGGAAGUUACGGGAAGCGAUGAACGCUAAGAAGAACGCAGAGAGAGCUGCGAUGAGGGCUCAUUUCAGGAGGAAAUACCAGCUGAGCCAGAAUGCCAAGGACACUGCGCAGCUGCGUAACGUCGGUGGGAAGGUGUUUCUGUCUGGAGAUCUGGCCAGGAUGGUUCGCCCUGACGCACCUAAGAAAGAUGACGGUUUCAAUUUGAUCAGAGCCUUUCAGGACCUCAAAUUCAGUGGACCGAUGUUCACCGGCAGCAAACACGCCAGAGCGGACAAAACAACCAAUGCAGAGCCGUGCAGAGUCAUUGUGUGUGUGUGUGUGUGCCAGCAGGAGGACAAAGCUCAGAAUACUCUGCUGUUCUCCUCCAGUUCUCAGUGUAGUGUGUGUGAGAUCAGCAUCGGCAGCAUGUUCUCCUCCUGCGCUGGGUCUGUGUGUGUGCGUCCGCAUCUGUGUGUGCGUGCAUCUGUAUGUGUGCGUCCGCUUCACCGGAGCUCCAGAUCUGCCGGAGCCGCUCGACUCUUCCAGGAGAUCCCGGACACCGGCAGCAGCGGCUGGAUGAACCUGCUGCGCUUCUGGAGGGACGGACGCUUCAGCCGGAUGCACAAACACAUGGAGGAGUCCUUCAGACGCCUCGGGCCCAUAUACAGAGAGCACCUGGGCUCUCAGAGCAGUGUGAACAUCAUGCUGCCCAUGGACACCGGUGAGCUGUUCCGCUCGGAGGGUCUUCACCCGCGCCGCAUGACCCUGCAGCCCUGGGCCACACACCGAGAGACACGCAGACACAGCAAAGGAGUCUUCCUCAAG